GUUUUAAUGAGUCAAACUGGUGUUGUCUGUCAACUGUAGGAUAUAACAUUUUGUAAGACUUUUUGUCAUUUCCUAGUUCCAGCUUUUGGUAGGAUCACAGUUAAGUAAGUUCUUCAUGUGUGUAGGUGUGCAGCAUUUAAUGAGGUUGAUGGAAAUCUGGAGAUACAAUGUUGAACUAUAAACUUUUAGGAAUUAUUUUAUUGGGAAUUUUUAGUAAAUCGUUUCCAAGCAUAUUAACCUGUUCCGAAGGCUGGAAUCUCCAUGGUUCUAAAUGCUAUAAGCUGGACCCAGAAAUGAGGAAUUUUACAAAUUCAAAUACAUUUUGUGAGAAUCUUAAUGCUGAAAUGAUUAUGCCUAAAACUGCAGAAGAAAACAGUGUAUUAUCAGAAAUUGGUGAAUGGUUUUGGAUAGGACUAAUCGAUCAUAAUAAAACAACAGCACUGGAUUGGACAUGGAACGAUGGUUCUAAAUUCGAAUCCAACGAUAGAUGGUCAAAAGGCGAACCAGAUAAUAAUGACUCUCCUGAAGAAUGUGUAAUUUCUGGUCCGACUGGAUGGGCUGAUGUUCCAUGUACAGGCACAAAGACAACUGCCUGUCAGAAGAAACCAGAUAUUAUAGCCGACGAGGAUGAAAGUGUUACCCUUACCUGUGACGUCAAAUACAAAGAGGGUAUCACAAAACUGUUUUGGACAAGAUCAAUUGAUGACACCAGUGUGAUCGUUUCUGAGUACGCAAAAGGCGGGAACGUUACAUUUCCUAGUCUGGUUUUUGAACACGUAAAAUGGACAGACGAGGGAUUGUAUAAAUGCCAUGUGACAAUCAUUUCCGGACUGACGCUAACAGAUGAAACGAGUCUCUUCGUAAAUGCAACAAAUAUGUGUCCAUGUAGAUGUGAAUAUAGGAGAAAACUAGAACAUUGGGGUUCCAAGAUAGUUACAAAUAAAACACAGGAAGAGUUGCUGAAGGAACUAGAAUCAGAAUUACAGAAUAUUAAAAAGGAACUAGCAGUAAAUAAAACACAACUAUCGUCCAGCAUCCGCAGGCGAUCAUCGGCCCCCGAUAAACGCAAAUCUUCUGAGACGAUUGGAUUAGCCGGUGUUGCUUUUAUUUGUAUUGUCGUUGGACUGGUUGUCCUUGUUGAUUUACUCAGUUUAAUUAAGUUUGUAAAGUCGACAAUUACCUUUUGGAAUUCCAAGAAAAUAGGAGAAAAAGCAAAGGACAAGAAGAGGAAAAUAUUUGAUAUUCACAAAAGGAAAACCCAAACUUCAGAAUCUUCUGCAUGAGGGUAAAAUUCUAGCAAACGAAUAACUUUAUGGCUUAUAAUUUCGAAUGAAUUUGAAAGAAAACUAGAUAUCUAGAUAGGCUGUUUAAUAUCAAGUUGAUUAGUGUGAUUUAGAAACAAAAUUUUCAUUGAACAAUAUCUUUAA